AUGAAAGUUAAUUACUGUUCUAAUGGAUUUUCUCUCUCCUCUUUUAACAAGUACGCCUAUGGAUUGGUUCAGCAGAGCUAUAAAUUGGGCCAAAUAUCUGCUGACGAGGAUAUUUAUGAAGGAAUAAAAAAUGUUAUCUACACUGAUAGCAUUGUUGUGAGUGAAGCUGCUGGAAUCAAUAGGGCUUACUCAUGGUUGGAAGAGGUAGUGAUAAGGCAAAUGAAAUGUUCACUUAUGCACACAAGAUACACCAUGAAAAGAUUAUUAGCGUUGGAAAUUGCUCUUACGAUUUACGAAAGAGAAGAAGAAGCUUACCACGAAAGCUUCAUCCCACGAGAUCCACCAUAA